AUGGCCGGCCGAAUGGUGCUGUACAAGCUGGUGGUAUUGGGAGAUGGUGGCGUGGGAAAGACGGCUCUCACCAUCCAGCUAUGUUUGCAACACUUUGUCGAGACUUACGACCCGACGAUCGAAGAUUCAUACCGAAAGCAAGUCGUCAUUGACGGCCAGCCGUGCAUGCUCGAAGUGCUCGAUACUGCCGGACAGGAAGAGUACACGGCGCUACGAGACCAAUGGAUCCGUGACGGCGAAGGAUUUGUCCUAGUCUACAGCAUCUCUUCACGCUCAUCCUUCACCCGCAUUAAGCGAUUUCAUCACCAGAUUCAACGAGUCAAGGAGUCGUGCGCCUCGUCGCCGUCGUACCCCGGCUCACCCAUCUCUGCCGCCAACCCCCAGUUGCCCGUGCCUAUCAUGCUCGUCGGCAACAAGAGCGACCGAGUCACCGAGCGAGAAGUUUCAACGCAAGAAGGCCACGCCCUCGCACGCGAGCUAGGCUGUGAGUUUGUCGAGGCCUCAGCCAAGAACUGCAUCAAUGUCGAGAAGGCCUUCUACGACGUAGUUAGGAUCCUACGUCGACAGCGGCAACAAUCUUCACGACCCUCAGAAAGGUCCAGUGGCCGGACGCGAACAGGCAACGGCGACGCGAGAGGCGGUGAUCGCGACGAUAGACACCGAAGGAAGAACGAGCGAAGCAAGUCCAAGUGCAUUGUGUUAUGA